GAUUUGAUGAGUUGUACCUAUUUGCUGUUCGAAAUUGUUCAGUUAAAAAAAAAAGGGAAAAAUCCCCGGAUGAACCAUAGCGGAAGUCUCCGUCAAGAAGGCUUAGGAGAAUGUUAGCUAUGAAUGUUUUCCGGAGUAUCCCCGGUGUUUUACGGUAUUAACAGAAUCAGUCUUUGUUCUUCAGUUACUGCGUGCUAGAGAGCACAACACAGUGGGAGUGACUGUUGUGGACGAACUACAUAUGUAGCAUUUUAGGGCAUUUCCCCGCCUCUGAAGGGCGGCUCGAAUGUCUCGAGGUAAAUACCACCGCAGCUGUCAGGAGGGCAAUGUAACAUUGGGACCUCAUCUCUAGCUGCACUUCCGCGUUGUCGGCUACAAAUGGGUCAACACCAACGACGUUAGAAAAGACUUGUUUUUAGAGAAGACAGCGAGGGGUAUAGCAGUACCAGGCUACUUUACAGCCCUUGGUUCGUCGCAAGGCAUGAAGAGGAAAACGAAAGUCAUGGGUGCAAGUCACAGCUAUGGUUCUGCGAGUUCAAGGUCUGGCACAAGAGGCGUUGUAGCACAGCAGGCAACCUCGUCCUCGGCUCAAGAGAUCCUGGAGGAAAUCUUCCUACAUGUUCCGGCCAACCAGGUGGUUCGUGUUUGUCGGUUGGUGUGCUCACAGUGGAAAGAAGUGGCUGACAGUGAAUCUUUAUGGAGAGUAAGAUGUAGAAGAGAAGGAUACAACCUUCGUGAUUCUUCCAAAACACCUGAAGACUGGAGGUUAUUUUACUUCUUAUGCAAGAAAAGAAGAAAUCUUCUCAAGAAUCCAAGAGGAGAAGGAAAAAUGACAGGUUGGAUGAUAACCGAGAAUGGUGGUCAUGGGUGGAAAUUAGAGGACGUUAUGGUGCCACAUCCAAAUGAAGUAGUCAAGAAAAACUUUGUGACCUCUUUUCACAUGUGCACAAAGGAGCAGCUAAUUGAUUUGGAAAAGGAAGGCUACAGCCCGGCCUUUAUGGAUAACUUCGUACCAGACAUCAAAAUAUCUGAUUGGUAUGCACCACGAUGGGAUUGUGGAUGUGAAUAUUCAAUCUCUGUUGCAUUGCUGGAUGCAAAGCAGAAGGUUAUCCAGUCCUUUACUCCCGAUACUGUUUUCUUUGAUCAGUGGAAUGAUCAGGAGUGGAAUCAGAUGAUCCAUGUAUUCCGGGACUAUGGACCAGGAGUGAGAUACAUUCGUUUUAGGCAUGGUGGCAAGGACACACAGUACUGGGCUGGAUGGUAUGGAAUACGUGUCACAGACAGCAGCGUUGAAAUAUGUCCAGCAGUGGACACAUAGCUUGUUGGAAUUUGUCCAGUUCUUCCAUCCUGUGUUUGCCUGCAAUUGCACAUUAUCUUCUUACAUCUUACUGACCAUCUAUUCAUGUUUCCAGAGCUAUAAUCUCUGUAUGUGCACAAGUUUUCCAGUGAAAAGCAAUUUUCUUUAAUGUUUCACACAGAACACCUUAAAUAAACAAAAACGUGUUCACUUGCUUUUUGUGAUUGUCAUUGUGAUGUCAAUACUGAAGAUUACUGAGUAUUGUUUAAUUUGGCAGGCUAAGUACUAUUUCAUGUACAAUUACAUCUAAAAGUUUACCCAAAUUCAAAAUAAAAGGAUCACUACUUUGUAGCUGGAUUUCAGAUUUUCAUGAGCCCAUCCAUCCAUCCAUCCAUCCAUCCAUCCAUCCAUUCUCUUCCACUUAUACUUUUCAGGUUUGUGGGGGGCUGGAGCCUAUCCUAGCUGUCUUAGUGUGAGAGGCAGAGUAGACCCUAGACAGGUCGUAAGUCUUCUGCAGAGACAGACAACCAUUCGCUCUCACAUUCACUUAAGGGCAAUUUAGAGUUACCAAUUAACCUAAUUCCACUACUUUUCAUGAUCCAUAAUUAUCAACAUUAAAACAAAAAAUGUUUGGAAAAAUGUACUUUGUGUAAUGAUUUGUAAGAUGCAAUUGUAUAAUUUGCAUAAAUUAAACUUUUCGUGUUCUCCUUUAAAUUUGUUAAAUUUUAAUCUGGAAAAUUUCAGGUAUUUUUGAGAACAGCUACUGAUUCAGACAUAAGAACCCCUUCAGUUUCAUUGAACUGGAUGUAUAAGAUCUUGUCAGAAGCCAGUUAUUUCCGUUGAGAGAUUGAUUUGUUUAGAUGUCUGCUAGUUUAACUGUGAUUAUUGGAGAUAAAACCUGUCCUUCUAGUUUUGAGGUUUUUGUCAUAUAAUAAGCAAGUAUGAUUUAUAUUUGUAUUCUGCUGUUGAUAUGGGAUGAAUGAGUAUUCAGUGAUUGGCCUUGACUUGUUUGUCUGGAAGCCAGCAUGUGACUUAAUCCAUAUUUGCCUUACACAUACUUGCCUUUACUUUCCAUUUUGUAGUGUGAGAACUGGAUGUAAGCUUAAAUGUUAACACAUGCUUCAGAGGGAAACUUAAAAGCCAUAUACUGUAUAAGACUGUGUGAAAUUUAAAAAACAAAAAUUAAAGUGCAUUGUUGUGCUUUGCGGUUA